UUAAAAUAAAAUCAUGCUUUGGCUGCUUUGUACUUGCCGCGGUUUGCUCCAUAGCUUGUAUUUUUUUUUUUUUCUUUUCGUUUUGGACAUUUCGCCCAAAUGCUGACCUCGGCCAACUUGCGCUAUCCACUACAUCGCAGGUUGCAAGCUCAUCAUGCUCUGCUGGUAAUUAAUUGCUUCCCAGUCAAGGACAGUGGAUUAAAUACAGCCGACGUGUCGUACUUGAUAUUUUAUGUCACAUCCCGCCCUCACAAGUUACCCAAAGUUGCUUCGUACAUGGAACACAAAUUGAUGGAAGAUGUAAAGAACAGGCGCUCCCGGUAAAGACAAUGUCGUUCAGUAACAAAGUUGAGUCAUCUACCAGAUAUACUAACUUCCAUCUCUUCGCCUGGCCAUUUUACGAA